UUCUCCCUCCGAAAACCCGAAAGCUGUUGGCUCGCGCGCGCUCUGUCUAAUCGUUCCACUCUCGCGCAGAAGUGUGCCGACUGCUGAAAGCUCCGCACCACUUUCCAUCUCUUCCUUCCGCACUGCGAUUCCGCGAGGUGACGGCUCUGCUGGCGGACACUAACUAGCCCAACACCUGGACAGAGCGUUCGUCAGGGCACGGAAACGUGUUUAGAGGUGCCUCGAGCAAACGACAAAUGCUCGAGACCCGCGGCCAGUGGCCCCAGACCCGACGGGGAGGGAGACGAGCAGAGCAGUGAUGGGACAGUUUUCGGGAGGAUGCUACUUGAGUUUUGGCAUCCUCGUGCUUCUCGGUUCGCAAGUCCCGGCCACAUUCGCUAGAGGUCCUCGAGGUGAGGCCCUGCAGCAUGGCCAGUCUGGGACACUGCCCCUCUUCUUGGAAGAGCCCGUUGACGCCUACAUCAUCAAGAGUAACCCCAUCAAGCUCCGGUGUCAGGCUCGGCCUGCUCUUCAAAUCUUCUUCAAGUGCAACGGUGAAUGGGUCCACCAGAGCCAGCACAUGUCUCAGGAGCACACCGACCUGGGGACAGGGCUGAAGAUCCGUGAGGUGAUGAUCAACGUCUCACGUCAGCAGGUGGAGGACUUUCAUGGCCCAGAGGAUUACUGGUGUCUGUGUGUCGCCUGGAGUCACCUGGGAACCUCAAAGAGCCGCAAGGCAACUGUCCAGAUCGCCUAUCUGAGGAAGAACUUUGAGCAAGACCCCCAAGGCACUGAGGUGCCUCUGAAUGGCAUGAUUGUGUUGCACUGUCGUCCCCCAGAGGGAGUGCCUGUGGCUGAGGUGGAAUGGCUGAAAAAUGAAGAGCCUCUCAGCCCUGAAGGUGUCACUGAUACAAGAGGCGACCAUAAUCUCAUCAUCUCAGAAGCUCGCCUCUCUGAUUCCGGAAACUAUACCUGCGUGGCCAGCAACAUUGUGGCCAAGAGACGCAGUGCAACAGCCGCUGUUGUAGUCUAUGUGAAUGGAGGCUGGUCAUCGUGGACAGACUGGUCUCCCUGUAAUGUACGCUGUGGCCGCGGUGUGCAGAAACGUUCUCGCACUUGCACAAAUCCAGCUCCUCUCAAUGGGGGAGCCUUCUGUGAGGGCAUGUCCGUACAGAAGAGCACCUGCAACACACUGUGUCCAGUGGAUGGCAGCUGGGGAGAGUGGAGCGAGUGGUCGGUGUGUAGCUCAGAGUGUGAGAGGCAGCGCAGCAGAGAGUGUACAGCUCCGGAGCCCAAACAUGGAGGACGGCUGUGUGACGGGGUGGCGCUGGCUACAGACAACUGCACCGGCGGCCUCUGCACACAGAAUCGAAAGUUGCUACAUGAUGCGAAGCCACAGGGUGUGGAGAACAGCAGCGAUGUGGCCUUGUAUUCCGGCCUCGCUGCGGGGGUGGUGACAGUGGUGCUUCUGAUCAUCGCUGUCACUCUUUACCGAAGGAGCCAGAGUGAAUACGGUGUUGAUGUCAUCGACUCCUCCGCCCUCACUGGGGGCUUCCAGUCCUUCAGCUUCAAGACCUCUCGUCAAGCAAACCCCCUGCUUAUUAAUUCAUCCAUGCAACCUGAUCUGACAGUGUCGCGUACCUACACCAGCCCCAUGUGUUUUCAGGACUCCAUUGACAAGGAGCUGAUGGCUGAGCGCUCACUCCUUGACCCAUUGCCUGAUCUCAAGGUCAAAGGGGUGAAAGAGAGGGCAGAGUACCAUGUCAUAUCCCACCCUCAGACAUUUCCAAGGGGCCUGGCUCCAGACUAUAGAGGGGUUGUAGUGGGGACAACGCUGGGCAGAAGAGGCAAAAACCUCUUCACCCCACAAGUCUCUUUGACUCCCAGCAGGCCUCUCCACAAGGCAACUGCGGUGUUUGGUCAUGCUGGAGGGAGGCUGGUGGUACCUAACACAGGUAUCAGUCUGUUGGUGCCUCAUGGGGGGAUCGCAGAAGACACUACCUGGGAAAUGUACAUGAUCAUCAACCAGGAGGACAGCAGUGUGUGCAGUACUGUGUCCGAGGACGGGCCAGAGAUCUUUUUGAGCCCUGCAGUCACAUAUGGCCCACCAGGCCUUGACCUGUCCUGUCCCAUAGCCAUGACCAUAGCCCAUUGUGCGGAGGUCGCUGCUGAUAAUUGGACCAUUCGGCUAAAGAGACAAAUGCAGGACAACAAGUGGGAGGAAGUGAUGUCUGUGGACGAGGAGAGCACGUCCUGCUACUGUCUGCUGGAGGCUCAGAGGUGCCACGUGCUGUUGGAGCAUCCAGGCCACUACGCCCUGGUGGGGGAGCCGCUGAACCAGGAGGCAGCCAAGCGGCUGAGGCUGGCUGUGUUUGGUAGUCCGGAUACCAGCAACUCUCUGGGCUUCACCCUCAGGGUCUACUGUGUGGACGACACACCCCAUGCGUUUCAGGAGGUGGCAGUGGGCGAGCGCAGCAGGGGUGGGCGGCUGCUGGAGGAGCCUAAAAUUUUGCUGUUCCGGGAGAACACUUUCAGCCUCCAGGUGUCCAUCCAGGACAUCCCACAGUUACUCUGGAGCAUCAAGCCUUUCACCACCUGCCAGGAGUUCAACUUUUCUCAGGUGUGGGCCAGUAACCAGCAUCCCCUGCAGUGUGCCUUCUCUUUGGAGCGAUGCAGCCACUCCUCGUCUCAUCUCUCCUGCAAGAUCAGCGUCCGACAGGUCAAAGGCGAGGAGCAGAUACUCCAGGUCUAUACGUCUGUGGUGGAGAAUGAAAAGGCAGUUGUUCCCUUUUUCACUCAGUCAGACUGUACCAUCACCUCUCAGACAGGGUCAAGGGCCUUUAAAAUCCCCCUGUCCAUCCGUCAGCGGAUCAGCGCCACCUUUGACACCGCUAAUGCCAAGGGGAAGGACUGGCAGCUCUUGGCUCAGAAGCUCCACAUUGACAGGAACCUGUGCUACUUUGCAUGUCAGGAGAGCCCAUCAUCAGUGAUUCUGAGUCUGUGGGAAGUCCAGCACCAGGACUCAGGGGACCUGGACUCUCUGGCCAGUGCCCUUGAGGAAAUCAGCAAGGUCCAGUCCCCCAAGACCGCCACUAUUGGCUACAGCAGAGAAGAGCGAGACUCAGAAUUCACUAAACUUGGGUAGGUCAGGUCUACAGCAGAUCAAAUAAUGAUGAACCUUUACUGCAUGAGCACUGAUGAUCAGGUGUACUAGCUAACCUAUGCUGAGGAGGAGGACACGCAAAGAGGACAGCAGGGAAACUCAGUUUUGGACUGUUACUGAAGGAACACCUCUGCGAAACCAAAUAGCACAUACAGACAGAUGGGAAUCAAGUAAACAGCCAAGAGAGAGAAGGAAAUGAGUGGGGAACAAAUGCAGAAGGACUCAAGUAUUUGUGUUAUUGAGAGGCACCAACAAAACAUUUAAGAAAGGGAUAUACAUACACCACACCCAUCUUUGAUUGAGAAAUGUCAACUCCUGAAAACGGAUUCGAUUACCUGUAUUCAAGGAUUAUGAAUAUCUGUGUGAAGAGAACUCUCUGCGCAGGAUGCCGUGUGUUUUAGACAGACUGCCAAUCAAGCUGGUGUUGUGACCUUGCCAGGAUCAGAUGUGCUGGCACUUGCCCUCAAACAGUCCUCCGGGCUGUCAAAAUGUUUAGUGUAAUGUCAUUAUGUUGUCAUUCAUUUCCGAGUUCUCCUAAUGCUUAUUUUUCUUUUCUGCACCGUGUCUGUAAUGUUACUGCAGGAGACAGAGGAGAAAACAGAAACUAAGGAAUGUUGGAUAUUAAUUUUGUCAGAACUUCUUGUCCAUACUAUGUGGUCAGAGAUGCUGAUAAUGAUCGUCCACAUCGAUUUAACCGCAUUUAAAAGGAUCUGAUGUCCACAUGCUAAAAAAAUGUAUAAGAGAUGUCUUUAUAAAGGUUUGACAGUGCUAUAUUGGCAUGGAUCACAUGGAUAACAAUCAUUAUGAGAAACAGCCAUGUGUAGAACAUUUUCAACCCCAGUAGCAGAACACAUUGUCAAAGCAAAGGCUUUGGAAGAGGACGAGUUACCCCAUUGUACAAUGCAAUGCGCCUGGCAGGUGCACCUCAUCCCCCUAAUGUCAACUUCUGUUCUUUUGGAGGAAAAUGAAUGUCUACCUGUGUGAUAAGUGAUUUCAUAUCAGACAGACAGUAGGAACAUUACAUACACUGCAGUUUGUUGGCGCUGGUUAAGUGGUGUGUACUUUCAAGACCCUCUGGGACUUAAUUUUUCUUGAUUUUUGAAUUUAAAUUUUGACUUUUGAUGUGUGGCUUGACUGGAGCUGCCUUUUUUUGGAUCAUCUGGAUCAUCAGAUACCUGGACAUCAUUAUUUGGAGACACUUAGCCAACUCUCACUCCCACUCCUCUGUCUUUUCUUGCCGGGCAGAGCCAGCAUCCACUUGAACAAAGAUAUCCUGAUCAGGAAGAUCCCUCAUUCAGUUGCUCCACCUGCCCCUAAACUUAAUAAAGUGACUUUGUGUUGAACUCUGUCUUGGCUCUCUUUUCAUCUACUUAAUAAAUUCAAUUCUUGAAAGGCCUGACAGCUCACAUACUGUACGGUGGAGAAAUCAGCUACAGUAAAUCUACAAAAACUGUAUUCAGCAAAGAGAUGAAACAGAGAUCCAUACAAAGUCCAAUUUUCAGAAAGAUGUAAAAGAAUGACAUAAGCACUCUUUAAGUUUGGAUGGCAGAUCAUUGCUAAUUUACCACAUUGAUCUUGCAUUGUGUAGCUGUUUGAACUGCACCAAAAGCCUAGACACGAUUGAGGUAGUCACUUGUUAAAACUGUUCAUGGUGUAAGACCUAGAGGACUUGUGACUUAUGUGUGAAAGAGCCUUCUUUUCAACAUGCCUGACAGUCCACUGGUUCUGACCCUUAACAUGUGGUUAAAUUAGUGGUCCAUUAAAAAGCUAUCAAGUAUUGGUUUUAGAUGUCCAAGCCUUUAGAUGGAGAACAAAUCCUCAAGCAAAUCUCAGGUUCUUCCAUGCAGAGUUACUCAGCAGUGGCCUGUGCUCUGCAGCCCUCCAAAAAGUAAAAAUGAUCUGUAUUGUCUCUUUAAAUGGAUUUAACCAUUUUAGAGUUACGCAGGCCAGGUGAAACAAUGCGGCUGUCAUUCCUUCUUAAAUGUACUUAAAGGCGUAUUUCGACAUUUUGGGAAAUAAGCUAUUCGCUUUCUUGCCAAGAGUUAGAUGAGAAGGUCGAGACCACUCCUAUAUCUAUGGAACAUAUGAAGCUACAGACAGCCGUUAGCUUAGCAUAAAGACUGGAAGCAGGGGGGAACGGCUAACUUGGUUCUGUCCAAAAGUAACAAGAUCUGCUUACUAGAGACGUAUAAAGCUCACUAUUUAAAACUGAAAAUAUUUAAAUAUUUAAAAAUGACAAUUUGCAGUUUUACAUGGGGUUAUGUGCUGGACUGUUUCUUGGCCAGGUGCAUUUACUUUCCCCUGUAUACAUUCUUUAAGCUAAGCAAACGGGAUUAAGAGUGGUAUCAAACUGCUCUUCCAACAUUUGGCAAGAACGCGAAUAAACUAACUUCUCAAAAUGUCAAACAGUUCUUUUAAUUAAGACUCUCAGAUUAAUAUUCAAGCUGCAAAAGAAGGAUACACAUUCAAGUGUGCUCAUGCUGGCUUUACAAUAGAAAAGCAAAUUCCUGUUGAUUUGUGUAUUCAUGGAAAUAUUCUGAGAUAUCCAACCACAGAUAUACAGUAUGUAUUUCAUUCAAUAGUUGGAGAUCCUGAAAAUUCAGUGAGCCAUGACAUGCCAAAAAAAUCUAACUGAAAAUAAUGCAAACCGGUUGUCUAUCAGCAAGCCUUUGUCAUUCUAUCUAUAUGGAUCAAAGAACACCACAUGUGCAGACAACCCUCUAUAAGGAGGGUCUGAUUCUCCACUAUCAGCUGAAAAGGUCACUGUGUAAGGCCAAAGCUUGGAAUACAUUUACACCUGGAAGAAACUGACUCACACUCUCUCCAGUUUGCGCAUGCUGAGUUAGACCACUUAUACAGAUCUUAACCUUAACUAAACAUGUGAAAUACAGAUCUCUUCUCUAUACUUUGUGUUUAAAAGUACAUUAUGAAGUGGUAUAGUAAUGAAGUUAUUUUCAUUAUUGAUAAAUCUGUCGAUUUAUCUACUCAUAGACAAGAGGCUCGUGCUCUUGACAGCGCAGGAUGUAAACAUUAAUGGCAUCCUCAUCGGCUGAGCUGUAACGUUAGCUAGCUCAGUGGUGCUAGGUGAGCUAGCAGUAUCGCUGCAUGCUUCUUUCUGCGCAGUGAUACAGUUGGCGGGUGUAGUUCGGUAGAAAGAAAAUAGUUCCUACAUGAAACUGCUCACAAGGUGAUAUCUUGAGUAACCAGGUUGUGAUUUCUAGAAAGAGACAUUGCUUUGGCGCUUUGAUCACCACAAGCCGAGUGCCAUCUAGUUUCAUUAUAUUCAAGAGAAGGCAGACAUCUCUACGGCCGAUAUCGCCAAAACUCGGCAACUCACACCAAAACACUCUCUACACCAACCAACCUCUUAAGGCAGCAAGAAAACCUGGUUUUCUCAGUUUCAAGGUAACUACUCCUAUAAGCAUUGAGAUUGUUACAACUGGUUAGUCCUCGUCUCAUCAGAUGAACUAUAGGGCGUUGCAGAAGUAGAAUAAUGGUGUUUUCAGAGAUUUCAAGUUCAAACCAAAGUGAUAUGGAUCCAUUGUAAUGUUAGUGAGCCUUCAGAUUCAUAGUAGAAAAGGUUUCAGUCGUAGUCAUCUGGACACUGUUUUCAGAAUCAAUCAACGUUUCGGCUCCCAUCCGGAAGUCAUUCUCACAGUGUAGUCCCUCAUUCGUCCAGAAUGAGGGACUACACCUCAUUCUUUUGUCAAAUUAUUCCAAUACUUGUUUCUUCCUUUUUGAGAUCAACAGCUUCUUUCCAGUAACACAUGAACAAGAAUUUCCUGCUAAUUUCUAGCAUGCUGACACCUGUGGAUGAAUGUCUCCCACAGUGCCUCCUGGAAGAGCACUCUAACCUAUUCAAGGUCUGGUACCUCCAGCAGAGCUGUAGUGUUGGCUAAUGGUGCCAAGCAUUGCUUUUCUUGGAAAAAGAUUAUUACUGUAGCUGCUCUCAAAAGAGGAAAGAAUCGUCUGAGUUGAAAGACCGUUUCCUGAGCUAUUACCCACAACAUAUUCCACUGAUGUAUCACUCCAAGAGCUGACUCCUUCAAAAUCAUGAGUUGACCCCUCUGCUGAAGCACAGCAAAUGUCCUCCAUCUUACACAAGGCCAUGUGAGGUAAAUCAUUUCUGGUAAACUCAGAACUUUAUCCAAACUUUUUCAUUGUAUUUACAGAUGUAUCUGAGCAUGGGAUGGGAUCAGUCAGAUUUCCUUGGAUCAUACAAAAUUGGAUACAACGCUCCAUUCCAGCUGUGUAGAGAGACCUUUUAGGGCAGGUACUGGAGUAACAAAAAAGCAUAGCUAGCAGAAUGCAUAAAGGGAGGAUAGGAUGAGAUGCAAAAAUGUUUGUCAGUAGGCAUUUGGCCUGAAUUAAUGAGAAAUAAAUCCAAAGAUGAGAUUUCUCUUGAAAAGAGCAGUUGGACAGGUGCUUAGGCACUGUUCCUCCAUCCUUUUCAUUUCAGGAAAAUAUCAAAACCCCCAAAACAACUAAGAAAAACUGAAAUGAUUCCAGUAGACAGACAGCUUGAAAAAGGAAAUGUGUCUUAACAACCACCCUGUUAAUUGUCAUAAUAAGGAUCAGAAUGCUACAGUAAAUGGAUGAAAGCUGAUGGUCUACUAAGCAGCCAAGUUACCAGCUGCAUGUAAAGAACUAGACUGUGAGACUUGAUGGAAAUGAUGUCCUGUAGAGAAGGGAUACAGCCAAGGCAUUAUGGCACCACAUCACACCUUCAGGCCAAUGAACAGCACGCAUUUUUACACAUCAUAAUGGAAAGAUCUUGAUAAAGGUUUUACUUUAGUAUGAUAAGUAUUACACUACAUUACCUAAUGUUCAAUGAUUUCCAGUCUGGGGAAAGAACCACACCUCGCUAUGCAGAUCUAUAACAAACAGUGACAACAUUAUGAUUUAUGCCACCUCGUAAAUAUUUUAUGGCCACUGCUGGAGUGAAGAUUACUUUGGACUUUUGGACUUUGUUUCUGGAAAUCUAGAUUUUGAAAGUUGACUGGAAUUUACUUUUUUGGCCACAAGGUGUUAUGCUGCCAAAUCUUACUCCAAAAACUAAGUUUUCUGACCUUGAAAUCUUGAGUUUUCUUAUAUUUAUUGAGCAUCAUAUUUUUUUCAGAUCCAUAAUUUUUUCCAUCUACUUUGCUGUUUAAAGCCCCCCCCUACACACACAAAAUAAAAAAGGUAAGAGAUACGCUUUAUAGUUACAUGUGAUGUGCAUCACAAAAAUCACAUAGUUCUCUAACUAAUUGUGCCUCUCCAUGUGGGUUUGGUGUCAUCAGAGAGUCUGACCAGAAUGUUUUUUUAUUAUACACCAUAUCAAAGACAAAAGUAUGUUAUAUGCAAGCUGUAUUGUUCAUUGCCACGCACAGCGCCCACCUUGUAUACACUGCAGAGGUGUUUCCUAAGAAUACUGAAGCAUUUAAACCUGUUAUCUCUGAUGCCAGGAACUUACAGCGACAAUGAGCUGAGAAAAAAUUAUUUGACCAUCUGUCACCUGAGGAUGCUCAGUGUGUCUCUCAGUGUCCUUUACAUAAACCCAAUGACUCAGAGAGCGUGUGAGUGUGAGUGUCUGAAGGAAAAUUGUGUGUAACUUUUAAAAAAGCUGUAUUACAUGUCCUUGGAAAAUCCAGCCUACAGUAGUGCUACUAUUUCAGCUUAUUCAGAUGUGUGAUGUAAUGUGUUUUUCUCACAGCCUACUAUCUUGAGAUCUGCAUUGCUUUGGAGAAAAUGGAAAACAAUGCUAACUUAAGUGAAAGUAUAUCAAUUCAUCAAAUGUGGUGAAAGUUUUAUUCAAAACUUUAUUACUCUAUUUUUUGGUUGUUGUUUCUAUUUCUCUGCUUUUCUUUCCAGGACGAAAACUACUGCCUUUUAAAUAUUAUUAUUAUCACUCUAUUUAUCAAAUGAAACUGCUGGAAAUGUAAAAUAAUUAUUAUUUUAAUGGUUAUGUAUACAGUGCAAUGCAUUUAUGUAUGUUUGAUUUGAAACUUUUCAAUACAUUAUCUGUACUCAAGAUUUGAUUUACGUGCUAUAUGUUAAGUGUACCCGUAGGCCAAGUUCUUUUUCAAAGAUUUGCAAUUUAUUUUGAAACUGUAUAUAUUGUAUUGUGUUGAAAUAAAUAUGCAGUGAAAGCACAGGA